AUGUCUGAGCCCGAACGGCAGCUGACUGCGUCGGAACAGUUUCAUGACAACGAUGACGAUGACGACGACCAGCAGGAACAACUGCCCGAGGCAGAGCCAUCGAACGAUGACGUCGAUGACGGGCCUCCCGGGCCCAGGCUACCCGUGGAAUUGUUGUCUGAGGCACACGCGGCUUUUGCCAUGUUCAGCGACGGCGGCGACCGGAUGAACGUCAGGCAACUGUACAAGGCGCUGCGCGCGCUCGGCGUGGACGCGACCGACGAGGACGUCAUCACCGUGGUGGAAGAAUACGAUUCGAAAGGCCGCGGCUACAUCACUCGCAAUCAGUGGACGGCGUCCAUGGCACGCCGUUGGGCCGAAGACGGAGCUCGGCGCCGGCGGUUUCGCGCCAUGUUGGCGGCCGGCGAUCCGACGUUCACCGGCCAGGUGACGGUCGACCACGUGCGCGCCGUGAUUAACGAAUUCGACCCGAGGGCGGUGACGGCCGUAGAUGUGGAGGAGAUGGUGACCACCAUGGACUACGCCGGUAUGGGAAUGAUCGACUACGACGAUUUCAUGGACACGAUGGUCCGACCGGCCCCGCUGGACAAAUAUCACUAG